AUGGCGAAAAUAGAAUUCUCCGCCAAUCCAUCUUGCCUACCGAAACGUCCACGAUCAUCUCCUCCUCUGGGUCGAGAUGAAACCCGAAACUCAGUGGAUUACAUCAGCCAAUUGCCCGACGCCAUCAUCCUCCAUAUCUUCGCCUUCUUGACGUCAGAAGAUGCCGUCAGAACUAGUGUCUUGUCCAAGCGAUGGCGUUCCACUUGGACCGCUAAUCCACAUAUAUCUUUCUCUAUGCCCGCCCGCCAUCAUCGCCAUAGUAACAUGAUGUUGGAGCGUUUCAUGGCUUUCAUGGACGCCGUGCUGUUGCUCUGCACCGCAAUUAAGGUGAAAAGCUUCAUCUUUGCUGUUGAUCGGGGGCUCGACUCCGCUAUUGCGCCAACCAUUGAUAGGUGGCUCGACUUUGCUGUCGGGCACGACCUCGAAGAGUUGACCCUGCGUAAGGACAACAUUUAUGCGUUGUCGCAGUUCUUUUUUCGCUGCACUACGCUGGUGAGUUCACACUUGUCCCGUUGCCGUUUUUCGAAGAUUGCUACCGUGAAUUGGUCGUCGCUGAAGAGAUUGCACAUUGAAGAUGCGGAGUUGGAGGAUGACACCAUGAUGCAAGUUUUGAGGGGCAGCCCCGCUCUAGAGUUCCUUCACUUGGAUUACUGCGUGGGCUUCCACCGCAUUAUAGUCGAAUCAAGAUGUUUGAGAGAGCUGGUGAUCGAUUGUCACGGAUUUCAUCAUGCUCAAGUUCCGAUUUUGAAAAUUUCAGCCCCUCAUCUUCUCAAAUUGCGUCUAUUGGGCGAUUAUUGUGAGACAGAUUUUGAGGGAGAGUUAGGAGAGUACAAACUAGAUGAAGCAUCUUCUUUGGUUGAAGCCGAGUUAAAUUUUGAAAUACAAAUUUUCGAAAACGAUAAGGCUAAGGUUUGUGUGGAUAUUGUCAAGGGGCUUCUCGAGAGACCGCAUCAUGUAACGACAUUGGUGAUAGGGAGCUGGUGCCUUCAGGUGCUGUCGAUAAUGGAGGCGAGAGAAGUGUUUCUUCCAUCCUUAGAAUGUCGGUAUCUGAUGUUCCACGUCGCAGUUGACCAUUUUGGAGUUCAUAGUAUAGUGAAGAUACUCGAAAGUUCCCCGCGCUUGGAGAAGUUAUUCUUACAAAUGACUUGCACACCCGGCUCGAAUAUCCGGUAA